AUGCCUUCUCUUCCUAAGGACUUCAAACUUGGUUUCGCUACGGCGUCUUACCAGAUUGAAGGUGCCGUCGCUGAAGAUGGUCGCGGUCCCUCAAUCUGGGAUGUCUUUUGCCAUCUUGAACCGACGCGAACAAAAGGUGCAAACGGCGAUGUUGCCUGUGAUCACUAUCACCGCCUUGAAGAAGACCUCGAUCUUUUGAAGCGGUAUGGUUCUGAUAUGUAUCGCUUUUCGAUUUCGUGGUCUCGUGUCAUUCCUCUUGGUGGGCGGGAUGAUCCUGUUAAUGAAGCUGGUAUCGCUUUCUAUGAUAUGGUCAUUGAUGGGUGCUUGAAGAGAGGUAUCACGCCAUGGGUCACUCUUUACCAUUGGGACUUACCGCAGGCGUUGCAUGAGAGAUACGGUGGGUGGCUAGAUGUUGAAGAGUCUCAAAAGGAUUUCGAGAGAUAUGCGAGGCUUUGUUACGAGAGGUUUGGUGAUCGAGUGAAACGCUGGAUUACACUCAAUGAACCCUGGAUCGUCUCAAUAUUCGGUUAUGCAACUGGAGGAAAUGCUCCAGGACGAAGCAGCAUCAAUCCUCAGUCCACUGAAGGCGACACUUCAACGGAACCAUGGAUCGUCGGGAAGGCUCUCAUCAUGAGCCACGCUCGUGCUGUUGCAGCUUAUGACCAGGACUUCCGUGCAUCACAGGAAGGCCAAAUAGGAAUCUCACUAAACGGAGAUUACUAUGAGCCAUGGGAUAGCAGCGACCCACGAGACAGUGAAGCUGCCGAGCGACGAAUGCAGUUCCAUAUCGGGUGGUUUGCCAACCCCAUCUUCUUGGGACAAGACUACCCAAAGUGCAUGCGCGAUCAGCUCAAAGACCGCCUCCCACAGUUCACAUCCGAAGAACUCAAACUUCUUCGCUCAGCAGAGAGUGACUUCUACGGCAUGAACUACUACACCUCCCAAUUCGCGCGUCACAAGUCCUCCCCAGCACCAGACACAGAUUACAUCGGCAAUCUGGAUGAGCUCCAAACCAACAAGGCUGGUGAGCCUGUCGGUUUAGAAAGUGGUCUUCACUGGCUCCGAUCCUGCCCCGACCUCUUCCGCAAACAUCUCACGCGUGUAUAUCGUCUCUACGGGAAACCUAUCAUCAUCACAGAGAACGGGUGUCCUUGCCCCGGGGAGGAUAAGAUGACGCGUGAGGAGUCUGUGCAGGAUGAGUAUAGGAUUAAGUACUUUGAAGAUCACCUUGACGCUAUUGGCAGAGCGGACGCCGAAGAAAUCGGCGUUGGUGCUGAGGCAGUUGGUAGACCAUCGGAAGGGGACUCAGGUGAAGCUGUAGAAGAGGCGAUAGAUGGAACCAAUUAG